ACAGGUACUUCGAGUUAAGCCGACUCCAGGCACUGCUGCUGAUUAGAACUAGUGCAUCAUGGAAAGCAGGAGUGGAGGAGACCGGACGUUCUUUUAGACUAGAAGACUACUUCACCUGCGUCUUGAGCAUCUCCUAACCUUCUAGGCUGGACCAGUCUGCAAAGAAGAGACAAUGGCUUUUUAUCCCCUUCAGAUUGCUGGACUGGUUCUUGGGUUCUUCGGUCUGGUUGGGACCAUUGGCACGACACUUCUGCCUCAAUGGAGAGUAUCAGCUUUCAUUGGCAGCAACAUUAUUAUCUUUGAGAGGAUCUGGGAAGGACUUUGGAUGAACUGCAUUCAGCAAGCGAGGGUCACGUUGCAGUGUAAGUUCUAUACCUCCAUUUUGGCUCUCCCGCCCGUACUGGAGGCAGCACGUGCACUCAUGUGUGUGGCUAUAGCUCUUUCCUUGACUGCUCUCAUCAUUGGCAUCUGCGGAAUGAGACACAUCCAGUGCACCGGCUCCAGUAAGAGGGUCAAAGCGUACCUGCUGGGAACUUCAGGAGUCCUCUUUAUCCUGACUGGUAUCUUCAUUCUGAUUCCAGUGUCCUGGACCGCCAAUAUCAUCAUCAGGGAUUUCUAUGACCCAAACGUCCACAUGGGUCAGAAGCGAGAGCUUGGAGGAGCUCUCUUCCUUGGCUGGGCGACCGUUGCUGUCCUCUUCAUUGGAGGUGGGCUGCUCUGUGGAUAUUGCUGCUGCAACAGAAAGAAGCAGUGGCACCGAUAUCCAGUGCCAGCACACCGUGUGCCACAAAAAGAUAACCAAAGGAAGGGGGCCGUGCCUAGCAACACCUCCACCAGCUACGUCUAAGGCUUGUUUUCAACACCAGCCCAUGGCUUAGGCUCAUGCAUUUUAUAGUCUUCCCAGAAACUGUGAGUACAUCGGGCAAGAGAACCACCAUUAUGGUAGAUUUAGCCUGAGAUGAAACUUUUGAUAUCUUUUUUACCUGAGGCAGGAAUAUAAAUGACUUAUUUGGACAUUAUGAUUCACUGUUUAAUACCUGUGCUCACUCUUGUCCGACUCAAUAUUUCUUCCAAUUCAUAUAGUCAAAUACAAAGUACAUUCUCAAUUUUAGACAUGUGAUGAUUGUGCAUACUCUCUCUUUGAGAGGACCUGGGAAGGGUUUUAAAUGAACUGCAUCCAGCAAGCUUGGGUCAAACUGCAGUGCAAAUUCUGUAACUCCAUCUUGCCUCUCACACCAAUACUAGAAGUAGCAUAUGGACUCAUUGUCAUGUAUUCUGAUAAGAAAAUCACAGUUGCAAUUGACAUUCCAUAUCAAUAAAACAUACACAUAUUUUCAAAGAUAA